CAACAAAUCAAAAAUCAAAGGACUCAGAUAAAAAGUCAAAGGAGAAGGCACCGUUUCUUUCUGGGAAGUGAGUUAAAACGAAAACAUCUCUGUGGAAAAACCGAAGCCCAGUGGCUAGUACCAUAACUCUCAGAUUUCUUUCUUUCUUUCAUUAUCUAGUUUCUAUAGAAAAGAAAGAAAAAAAAAAAAAGGUACGUAAUCCGACACUUUAAUUAAACAAAUCUUCGUUUCAGACAAAGACAACCUCGUGGAUUGUGUUAAGAACUGCCCGGAUCUUUAAACAUUCUCACGUCAUCUCCAUGAAAUUUUAAGAACCAGGUUAGGCGCUACCUCGAUUUGUGAAGAUCUUUCUUCUCUGAUGCGUCGACAAUAUCAAAGUGUUGGCUUCUUUCGUUGACAUAACAUUGGUUUUUGAGAUCGAUCACAUAUGAGAAGGCUCUUUAAUGGCGUCCUCAAACUCAGAGAAGAGAUGGAUAUUCCCUCUAGCAAUGGCUUCUCUCAUGUUCAUAUUCCUUAUAGCUGCAUCCUUCAACAUGGGUCUCCUCUCUUCUGUCCGUUCUAUUAACUCACUCAUCUUCUCCUACAAUCUAUCGACCACCAACGAGACACGAGUCGAAUUUGCAGAGUCAAAGAUCAAUCAGUCCUCGCAUCCUCCUCCAGUACAGCCUAGUCUUCCUCGCUUUGGUUAUCUAGUUUCAGGGUCAAGAGGUGACUUAGAGAGUCUGUGGAGAGUGUUACGAACAUUAUACCAUCCUAGGAAUCAGUACGUUGUUCAUCUUGAUCUCGAGUCUCCUGCUGAAGAGAGGCUUGAGCUGGCUAAACGUGUGAGCCAAGAUCCUGUUUUUAGCGAUGUUGGAAAUGUUCACAUGAUCACAAAGGCUAACCUUGUUACGUAUCGAGGACCCACAAUGGUGGCUAACACGCUCCACGCUUGCGCUAUUCUCUUGAAGCAGAGUAAAGAAUGGGAUUGGUUCAUCAAUCUCAGUGCCUCGGAUUAUCCUCUAGUCACUCAAGAUGAUCUGAUUGAUACAUUCUCGGGACUGGACCGGAACCUCAACUUUAUCGACCACAGUAGCAAACUAGGCUGGAAAGAAGAAAAACGAGCAAAGCCGCUGAUCAUAGACCCGGGGCUUUACUCCACAAAGAAGUCAGAUGUCUUCUGGGUUACACCUCGCAGAACAAUGCCAACUGCAUUCAAACUAUUUACCGGUUCCGCUUGGAUGGUCUUAUCUCGGUCGUUCGUAGAAUAUUGCAUUUGGGGAUGGGACAAUCUUCCACGGACUCUUCUAAUGUAUUACACCAAUUUCCUCUCUACACCGGAAGGAUAUUUCCAUACUGUCAUCUGCAACGCUCCAGAGUACUCUUCCACUGUGCUGAACCACGACCUGCAUUUCAUCUCAUGGGACCGCCCUCCUAAACAGCAUCCUCGGGCGCUCACCAUCAACGAUACAGAGAGGAUGAUUGCAAGUGGAAGUGCGUUUUCCCGCAAGUUCAGACACAAUGAUCCUGCCUUGGAUAAGAUCGAUAAAGAGCUGCUCGGUAGAGGUAACGGAAACUUCACGCCUGGUGGUUGGUGUGCAGGGGAACCAAAAUGCUCGAGGGUUGGUGAUCCGUCGAAGAUCAAGCCCGGUCCUGGAGCUAACAGGCUUCGUGUGCUUGUUAGCAGACUUGUUUUGACAUCUAAAUUGACUCAAAGGCAAUGUAGAUAGGCUUCAUAUGCGCUUUAGAGAUCCAUGUCCAAUUAGUCUAUAUAAUUCUUUCUGCAAACUGACAAACAUUAUGGAAAUUUCUCACUAUUUUCUAAGCCAGAAUAAUAAUCCAAUUCCCU